AUGACAAGUGAUGUUGCUGUUACGUUUUGGAUAUUUUUGCUUUGUUUAAUCGGCGGCUCGAGCCACCUGAGCGGCACUUGGGCCGGAAGACCCGAUGAGCUGCACAUAGGCGGCAUCUUUCCCAUCGCAGGCAAGGGAGGAUGGCAGGGCGGACAGGCAUGCAUGCCGGCCGCAAGGCUGGCAUUGGAUGAUGUCAACAAGGAGCCGAACCUGCUGCCAGGCUUCAAACUAAUACUGCACAGCAAUGACAGCGAGUGCGAACCUGGACUGGGGGCUAGUGUGAUGUACAAUCUGCUCUAUAACAAGCCACAAAAACUGAUGCUGUUGGCGGGUUGCAGCACCGUCUGCACUACUGUGGCAGAGGCUGCCAAAAUGUGGAAUCUAAUUGUGCUAUGCUAUGGAGCGUCUAGUCCUGCGCUAUCUGAUCGCAAGCGCUUUCCCACACUCUUUCGCACACAUCCCUCGGCCACGGUGCACAAUCCAACGCGAAUCAAGCUGAUGAAGAAAUUUGGUUGGUCCCGCGUGGCCAUCCUGCAACAGGCCGAGGAGGUGUUUAUAUCGACUGUAGAAGAUCUCGAGAAUCGCUGCAUGGAAGCUGGCGUCGAAAUCGUAACUAGACAAUCAUUUCUAUCCGAUCCAACGGACGCCGUGCGGAAUUUGAGGCGCCAGGAUGCGCGCAUCAUUGUGGGCCUAUUCUACGUGGUGGCGGCGCGUCGUGUCCUCUGCGAGAUGUACAAACAACAGCUUUAUGGGCGUGCACACGUCUGGUUUUUUAUAGGCUGGUACGAAGACAACUGGUACGAGGUGAAUCUGGAGAAUGAGGGCAUCACCUGUACAGUGGAACAAAUGCGCAUUGCCGCCGAGGGGCAUCUCACCACAGAGGCCCUCAUGUGGAAUCAGAACAAUCAGACAACCAUUUCAGGCAUGACCGCAGAGGAGUUUCGACAUCGACUGAAUAAUGCGCUCAUUGACGAGGGAUAUGACAUAAAUCACGAUCGCUAUCCGGAAGGCUAUCAGGAAGCACCGCUGGCCUACGAUGCAGUCUGGAGUGUCGCUUUAGCCUUCAACAAGACCAUGGAGAGGCUGACGCUGAGAAAGAAAUCGCUCAGAGACUUUACCUACACAGACAAGGAAAUUGCAGAUGAUAUAUACGCGGCCAUGAAUUCGACUCAGUUCUUGGGCGUAUCGGGUGUGGUGGCGUUUAGCUCGCAGGGCGAUCGCAUUGCCUUAACACAAAUCGAGCAGAUGAUUAAUGGCAAGUACGAGAAGCUAGGAUAUUACGACACCCAAUUGGACAACUUGACUUGGUUAAAUACGGAGCAGUGGAUAGGUGGGAAGGUACCCCAAGAUCGCACCAUUGUCACCCAUGUGCUACGCACAGUAUCUUUACCGUUAUUUGUGUGCAUGUGCACCAUCUCGAGUUGCGGAAUAUUUGUAGCCCUAGCUCUCAUUAUAUUCAACAUAUGGAAUAAGCAUAGAAGGGUAAUACAAUCGUCCCAUCCUGUAUGCAAUACGAUCAUGCUAUUCGGGGUCAUCAUUUGUCUUAUAUCAGUCAUCUUACUGGGCAUGGACGGACGCUUCGUUAGUCCAGAGGAAUAUCCAAAGAUUUGUCAAGCUCGAGCUUGGUUAUUAUCCACCGGUUUUACAUUAGCAUAUGGUGCCAUGUUCAGCAAAGUCUGGCGUGUGCAUCGUUUUACAACAAAAGCAAAAACUGACCCGAAGAAAAAGGUGGAACCUUGGAAGCUAUACACCAUGGUUUCGGGCCUCUUAUCAGUAGAUUUAGUGAUAUUACUCUCUUGGCAGAUCUUUGAUCCGCUGCAGCGUAUACUCGAAACAUUCCCACUCGAAGAUCCAGUAUCUACAACUGAUGAUAUUAAAAUACGUCCAGAGCUUGAACAUUGCGAAAGUGAACGUAACUCCAUGUGGUUGGGACUCGUGUAUGGCUUUAAGGGCUUGAUACUCGUUUUCGGCCUAUUCUUGGCCUAUGAGACGCGCUCGAUUAAGGUCAAGCAGAUCAACGACUCCCGAUAUGUGGGCAUGAGUAUUUACAAUGUGGUCGUACUCUGCCUGAUCACAGCGCCUGUGGGCAUGGUCAUUGCAUCGCAGCAGGACGCAUCCUUCGCUUUCAUUGCACUAGCUGUGAUAUUCUGUUGUUUCCUAAGCAUGCUGCUGAUAUUUGUGCCAAAGGUCAUUGAAGUCAUACGACAUCCCAAGGAUAAGGCCGAAUCAAAGUACAAUCCUGACUCAGGCAUAUCAAAGGAGGAUGAAGAACGCUAUCAGAAGCUGCUGACAGAGAACGAGGAACUACAACGAUUGAUAUCACAAAAAGAGGAAAAGAUACGGGUUCUACGACAGAGGCUCGUCGAGCGAGAUGUAAACAUGAAGGGCACAGAACUGAAUGGUGCCACAGCAACCACCUCGCUUGCAGUCCAACCACAGCCUUCUUCUUCUAUCAUCAACACCAGCACACAUCCCACACCCGCUGCCACACUCGCAAUCACACAAGAUACUCAUGAGCACCGUACAUGAAAAAACUUGUCAAUUUCCUUUGCGUGAUAGGUGAACUAUACAACAACAAAAAAGUAAAAAAAAAA